CGUAAACUUGCCUGCCAGUUGCCAUUUCUAUUUUGCGAAAUGGCCGCCGUUUCAGAUUUUUUUUCACUAGGAAGUAUUGUUUGGUGUCGAACGUGUUAUAAUAAGGAAAUCGAAGGGGAAGUAUUGGCGUUUGACCCACCAUCUAAAAUAUUAAUUCUGAAAUGUGCUUCUACAAAUGGAGAUCCAAAACUAAAUGAUGUUAAUUUUAUAAAUUUAUCGCUUGUAAGUGAAUUACAAGUUAAAAAAGAAGUAAACCAUGUUCCAGAAGUACCACAGUCACUCAAUUUACAAAGGCUAAAUACAAGGGUUCGGAACCAAGUCGAUGAAAAGAAACGGAUGCUACAAGCAAUAUCUGCCAACGUUAGUUCUGAAGGGCAAAGUUUAUUCAUAGCCAUAGCCAAAACUAUAAGUGAAGUGAGGUGGAGUAAUUCAGAAAUUGUGGUCUGGAAUCAAGAGGUAAUAAUUAGUCCACCUUAUCAAUUGGAAAAUAUACGAGGGAAUACAACCAGCAAAGAAUACGGAUAUAUUAGGAAAGUGGUUGAGAAACACAUGAAGGAUAUAGCAUUGAGUACCCAGAGUCCAUCAGUUUGUCAGAAUAAUACUUCGCAAUAAGUAAUAAUA